AUGUACCAAUUCUUCAAAAAAAUCGCAAAACAAUGCGUCAAUCAUUUCUGCACCAUAUCAAAACACCUUGGAAACGCUUUCAAAAAUCUGUUUCCGCCGCCCAGUGAAGCUCCCGGUCAUGAAAAGCGCAUGGACAAGAUGAACACGACUCUUGAUCGUGUUGAGGAGUGUUUUUUGCGGGUCUUCAGCAAGCUCGGCGCGAGCAGGAAAUUCCUCCAAAGUCUGACAGGUCCUCUCAAAACGGGUGUCAAAUAUGUUGUUGUGACCAUCGGAGAUAUCAUCGAGCAGCAUCCAUACCUCGUGACCAUCCUUUUGUGCAUUGCGAUUGGCAUGCUAUUAUCCCAAUGUCUUCCUGUGAUUCUCGGGUUUGGGCCCUUGGGACCAGUGAAGGGUGGAAUUGCUGCGUGGUUGCAGGGGUGGGUAUUUGGCGGGGCUGUCCCGGCAGGUAGCUGGUUCGCGAUACUUCAGCGCUUCGCCAUGGUGUGGAGAGCAUGGUUGUAG